AGAAAAACAAAUUGGAGAUGAAACAAAGCGAUGGAAAGUAAUUUUACAAUGCAUUCUUGACGUCACAAUUUUUCUAGCUUCAAGAAACUUAGCUUUUAGGGGAUCCAAUCAAAAGUUGUUCAAAAAUGGGAAUGGAAACUUCCUUGGAGCGCUCGAAUUAAUUGCUCGCCACAACAAAACAUUACAAGAUCAUAUGCAUCUUAUUGCUUAGCACCAAGAAGAAGAAAAACGCAUGCAAGCUCAUUAUUUAUCUUGGAAAUCACAAAAUGAAUUUAUCAAGGAAUGCGGCAAAUUAGUGGUUCGAGAAGUUAUUCGAGAAAUCAAAAAACCAAUAUAUUUCACCAUCAUCACGGACAGCACUCCCGAUUCGUCCCACAGCGAGCAAAUAACUUUUGUUUUUCGUUUUUUGCAUUUCAAUGAUAAUCAGCUGUGGGAGGUCAAAGAAAGAUUCCUUAAGCUAGAAGAACUUGAAAAGAAGAAGGGAUCUGAUAUAACAAAGCUGAUAUUGAAUGUGUUGGAAGAGAAUGAGCUCGACAUAAAAAAUUGUCGUGGUCAAGGCUACGGCAACGGCGCUAAUAUGGCAGAUAUUUACAAUGGAGUUCAAGCUUUGAUAAGACAGAAUAAUCCACAAGCAAUUUUCAUUCCUUGCUCUGCUCACAGUUUGAACUUAUGUGCAGUACACGCUAUUGAAUCAUCGGCUCCUACAAAAUCCUAUUUUGGAAAUAUUCAAAAGCUAUACAAUCUGUUCAGCAGCAGCCCAGUUCGUUGGAAAAUUCUUCAGGAGGAGACAGGCCAAUCAUUACAUAAACUUUCUGUUACACGAUGGAGUUCAAGGAUUGAAUCAGUUAAGCCACUAGCAAAAAAGCCAAGAGAGAUCUUGAAAUCAUUACAUCGUCUAAAAGAGUUAGACCUUCCAGGCGAAAGUAGUAAUGAAGUGCAUUAUCUCAUUAAAUGGAUGAAUUCUUUUGAAUUUGUUGUUUUCACUACUUUUUGGUUUAAAUGUUUGAUGGCAGUUAACAACGUGAGUCUUCUGCUUCAAUCCACUCAACUCACUCUUGAUGAUGAAGUAAAGAUUCUAAAUGGCCUUUUGAUGGAUCUGGAUCAAAUAUGUCUGUCUUGGGACCUGAUUUUGAUAGAGGCAGCAGAAGUUGCAAAGAACUUGAAAUUUGAUAAAAUAAUGUUUACUGUGAAGAGAACGCGAAAAAAGAUCAUCUCAGAUGAAACUGCUAGUUACAACCACGAAGAAGCAUCAAAAAACUUUGAGUGUAAUGUCUUCAAUGUUGCACUCGACAAUCUGACUAGUCAAAUGAGAUCAAGAUUUAAAGUAAUAGAAGAGGAAUGUAGCAAGUUUUCCUUCCUUUGGUCUUUACAGAAAUCUCAAACAGACCAAGAACUAGGUUUAAAAGCUGAGAAUCUGGCUAAACUUUACCCAGAAGACUUAUGUAAAAACGAAUUUUCUGAUGAAGUUCGGCAUUUUUUUUCCGUAAGAAGAAAUAUUCUAGCCAGCGAAAAGCCUGUCGAACUUCUAAAUGAAGUUUAUGCAAAGGGGCUGCAUUCAAUAUUUCCGCAAGUGUGUGUUUCUCUUGGAAUCUUUCUAACAUUGCCCGUUUCAGCAUCUGAAGGAGAAAGAUCUUUCAGCAAGUUAGCUAUCAACAAAGAUUAUCUUCGUUCCACAAUGGGCCAGGAGCGAUUGCGCUACUUGAUGAUCCUUUCAAUCGAAUCAGAUUUAGCCAUUAACGUUAACUAUGAAGAAGUUAUUUCAAAUUUUGCUGCUAAGAAGGCCAGGAAGAUGUGUUUGUCAAUUAAGAAUUGA